AUGGAUGAAGACGAAGAGCCAGAAUGGCAUUAUGACGUUCGAACAGCCAAAAGACGCAAAAGAGCCUCCAGCUCAGCAGCUUCCAGGCCAUCUCCUCGAGAGAUCGGACUGAUGAGGGGCCCUAAAGACACCGAUGGAUCCGCAAGUUUUCUGGGCAGUUCGAGUGGAAUAUAUUUUGUCCAGACGGUAUAUGACGCGUUUGCGCGCCGCUCUGCGGAUUUGCAUCAAACAGGGAUCCGGAGUCGAAGCCUGGUGCCCGGCGAAGAUGACCAUCUGCAGAGGAUCGGAAGGGCGAAUGGACCUGCUGAGCUCUGGCUGAAGGAUGAAGAAUUGGAUUUAGAUACGACAGCAGAUGAGUAUCCUUCUUUUGAAGAGCUGAUUCGCCUGUCUCGUGGCUAUUUUGAGAUCUGGCAUCCUAUCUUCCCGCAUCUCCAUGCCCCGACUGUCUUGCAUAUCAUGGAGGCAAUCGGUGAUGAUAACGAAAUGCAAGACGUGAGCCGCUACGAUUGGAUGAUAUUACGAUCCAUCUUUACCAUAUGUCUCGCCGAUAGUCGGCAGGUUGAUGCUCCUUCUGAGAAGGAGAAGGGCAAGAAAAAUAAGAGGAAAAUAGGCCCUAUUCCAGCCAACCUGGUUUUCCAAACAAUCGCCGAAGCACUGGAUGCUAUUCAUGCCUUGUUUCUUGAACCACCGACGCUUUCGAUGCUACAGGCGGCGUUUAGUAUCCAGCUGACACUUUCUUCGCUUCUGCGUCUCAAUGCAGCAUCACGGGUCGGCGGAGUGAUCGUGCGCACUGCCUUCCAUUUGGGCCUCCACCGCUGCCCGACACGGUUCCCUUGUUUCAGCCAUGAGGAAGCAAAUAUAAGACGCCGGCUCUUCUGGUCUAUAUAUUGCCUUGAAAGAUAUCUCUCCCAAGCCCUCGGGGUCCCUCUCAGUAUUCAAGAUGAUGACAUUGAUGUGUGCUAUCCUGGGGCAGAAAGACAUGGCACAGAGAGUGUGGGUGAUCAUGGAGCCGACCAAGGCCGACUGCGGAUGCUCACUCAUCUGGCCAAAUUUGCAAGGAUACGGGGCCUGGUUCUUGAGCUUCGAAACAAAUCAAUUCUACACAGCCAUGAGAAUUCCCUCCAUGCAGCGCAAGUUAAUAGCGAGUUGGCGCAAUGGUGGAACGAGGUUUAUGAGGAUGCUUAUCCGAUGGAUGAUGAUCAUUUAGAUGGGAGCUCAGAACAAGAGCCGCUGCUUCUGCCGUAUCAUCGUCUAUUACUCAUCGUCUUGCGACAUGAGUCGGUUAUUUCGAUGAACCGCCCAUUACUAACUGCCGAGAGAACUUCACCAGAAUAUAGAAAUGCACUGCAAGCGUGCAUUGAAUCCUCUAGAUCUCUCAUUUCCGCCCUAAAGAAUUAUAUUUCUCCUGGCAAUUCCAGGUCGACCGGAAAUCUAGAAUCAUACGAUCGUGCGCCCCUGAAUUGGCCGUCAUUUACCUGGACGACCUGGAUGGCUUGUUUGAUUCUGAUGUUCACAGCGUGGGAAGGGGAACUCCCAACACCGGUGGCGCUCAAGUAUGCUCAAAUGAGUGUCUCAGUUCUAGAGAACCUGUCGUUGCGUGGGAGCACAUGGCCAGAAACCUGUAUCGAAGCCAUUCGAGGCAUGGUAUCAGCUCUAUCCACGAGUCUUGCGAGCGCUAAUGCCACCAAAGCCCAACUCUCGUCUUCACAUUCCAACGAAAGGCCAUUUGUAACAAGAGAUACGCCGCGCAGACCAGAUAGCCUACCCUCUAAGGAACAUAUACCCCUCCAGGAGGACAACCAGACUGAUCUAUAUUCAUCUCCAGCUACCAGUCGACAGAAUACCACAAAGCCAUCUGCGGUAGUUCCUUCCGGAGAAAUCCAGGACAUUCUCAACAUCCCCUCUUUACCUAGUCAUAAUGUAUCUGACGUACCCGAAGGGCAAGAUACCUCUUUCAAUACUAACCCUGCUGGCCUUAUAUUCGGGGAUAUGGCAGGCCUUGACAUGUCAUAUCAUAUGGCCUCCGCUGGCAGAGAUGCCCUCCCCUUCUCAGAAACAACCUUGGGCACAAAUUCCCUGUGGAGCAUUGCAGAUGGGCCGUGGAUGAUCUAUGAGAGUUUCAUGAGGAAUUCCGACUGA